ACUUUAGUGCAAGCACUGCCUAUUCUGUUCAAAGUGCAGUGACACUGCAACAGCGUAUUGACUGCAAGCUAAGAAUAACUCAGUUAUCUUGUAAAAGAAGAAAAGUCAAAGAAAUCCUGAUCAGCAGCCAUGGUUGGUGUGUUUCUACUUGCAUAUAUCUCAGUGAAUCUAAUCCUUCAAAGUCAAGGCGAACAGCUUCAAAAAGCCAAGAUUUUCACUGGAAAUACAGAAGUACCAGAAGGUGGUAGACUGGAGGUUACUUGCAGUACAUUUGGUUUUACAAAACCAGAGGCUAAGGCAGUUUAUGUAUAUCUGUGUAAAGAUGGUAAAGCUAUAGAUAUGAAACACGGACCCACUCGACAAGACAUCACCUUUAAAAUAGAGAGAAUAGAAAUGGACCAUUCGGGCAACUACAGCUGUCUGUUUUCUGAAGAGCACUUGGAAAUAACCAAAGUGAUGGGAUAUGGUAAUAAUAUCAUCUUCAUAAAUGUGAUCGAAUCUUUAUUUAAUUCACAGAUACAUUUGCUACAGUCUGAGGUGGCAGUGGGAAGUGAUGCUGAGUUUAUCUGUACAACAUCCAAUCCUAUGAACAAAAACCUGUCCAAUAAUAUGAUUUUGGCUUUUCUCAUCAAAAAUGAAAAGCCCAUUAAAGUCAAUAUUUGGGACACAAAAGAAACGAUGACAACAUUCACCCUCAGAGAGGUCCGGAUGGAAGAUGCUGGAACAUACAGUUGUGCUUUGUUAAACAUUCUCCCUUACCAUGGAAUGAGACUUGAUCGAAAUAAUAAAGUCAACCUUCAGAUAGUUGUGGCAUCUAGCAGCGGCUUUGACAAAAUCAUUAUUGUCAUAAUAAUGUGCUCUACCAUAGUGUUAUUCCUCAGUCUGUUUCUGGGAAUUUGGGCAGUGAUCCGCAAAAGAGGAUGCCUUGGAUUCCACAAGGAAAGAUCCUUGAAUGAGACAGAGCUCAAAGGAAAUGAUGUGUUCUACGAAGAAAUGCCCAAACCGGAUACAGCUGGUACUGGUGAAAUACGAAGUGUUGUCUGGUAAGCCAGUAAAAAAUGAAUAAAUGAACUAAUGAGCUUUGCACUGUUUUAUCUUUAAUUUUCCAGUCUCCGAUUGAUUACAUAUGUAUCAUGUCAGCUUUCAGAUUAUUGAUGUCUUAUCUAUUUUUGUUCAUUAUUUCUUUCCAUGCAAAUGCUGUAAAUCAAUCUCCAUGAUGGCUUAGUUCUGUCGCAGUGUGGGACGAGUUCUCUGAUAUCGAUGAAGAGUAUGAUGAACUGGUCUUCCAGCAGUCUUAAUGGCCUUCCUGUGGCUCAAUAGCACAUGAUAGCAAUGCAUGGUCAUAGGUUCGAUUCCAAAGGGAAAGCAAGAACUGAUCAAAUGUGUACUUUGAAUGCAAUAUAAAUAGCUUUGGAUAAAACUGUCUGCUAAAUGCAUAAAUGUAAAUGUGAUCAA